GCACCCUGCAGCCCCCCGGCCUCCUGCUCGCCCCGUGUCGUGCCUUCAGCAAUAACAAGAUCCUGGUGGAGCUGGACGAGAGCUCAGGUGUGGCCACGAUGAAGUUCAAGAGCCCUCCAGUCAACAGCCUCAGCCUUGACUUCCUCACCGAGUUUAAUAUAAGCCUGGAGAAGCUGGAGAACGACCGGGCCUGCCGAGGCGUGAUCUUCACAUCUGCUGUUCCCAAAGUCUUCUCCUCUGGCCUGGACAUCACUGAGAUGUGCAGGAAGAGCACGGAGCACUACGCUGAGUUCUGGAGAGCCGUGCAGGAGGCGUGGCUCCGCCUGUACGGCUCCAACAUGGUGACAGUCGCUGCAGUCAACGGGUCCAGCCCAGCAGGAGGCUGUCUCCUUGCCUUGUCAUGUGACUACAGGAUCAUGGCGGAGAACCCCAAAUUCAGCAUCGGCCUGAACGAAACCAAGCUGGGCAUUGUGGCUCCCUUCUGGUUUAAGGACACAUUUGUGAACGUCGUGGGACACCGAGUUGCUGAACGCUCCCUCCAGCUGGGUGCCCUCCACCCCGCACCUGAGGCCCACAAGUUUGGCCUUGUGGACGAGCUGGUGCCGGAGGAGAAGCUCCAGGAGAAGGCUGCGGCUGUUAUGGCACAGUGGCUGGCCCUUCCUGACUAUGCCCGUCAGCUCACCAAGUCCAUGAUGAGGAAGGCGGUGUUGGACCGCCUGGUAGCUCACCGGGAGGAAGAUGUUCAGAACUUCAUCAGCUUCAUUUCAAAAGAGUCCAUCCAGAAGUCCCUUCGCAUGUACAUGGAGAUGCUGAAGAAGAAGAGCUGA